GAAAGAGCGAGAGAGCAAAGGAAAGGCAGACUCAUUACUCAGAGGGGUGAUAGGGUGAAAGGAAAGCAGCACAUAUGCUGCCGAAGUGACUCAUUUAGACACUGCAGAUAAAAGGUGAAGACAGCGAGAACUCAGCCCAGCAGGUUUUCAUCGUGCGCGCAGGUUCAAUCUGCUCUGGUGGAGGAAUUGUUUUAAAGAAACUGUAAUCCUUUUAGAAACUGUCCGAUGGAGAGAAAAUGUGCGGCGGAGCACUGCAGCUGUUCAUCUACAUGUACCCUGUGGCCCCUUUUAAACCACAGCUGAGCUAAGUAUCGUUUGAAAGGAGCAUUAAAAGAACGUGCUGCAGAACAUUCUUGAAUGCAUCAGAGUGAACACACAAUGACCACGCUCCUGUUGGCCGCAGAUUCUAUACCUCCUAAUGCUUCCUCUUCUACUUCAUCUCCAUCCACAUCUGUUUCGAUGGCGUCCUUCCUGUCAAGCAUCUCUCCAUCUUCUUCCUCCAUCACCACGUCUGUGGCCCAGAAUCAAACAAACUGUAUGUUGGAUAACGCCUCCCUCCGUCUGCCGCUGGCAGUUUCCUACUCGCUGUUCUUCGUCUUGGGGCUGGUGGGGAACCUGUUUGCUCUGUGGGUGUUCCUUUUUGUCCACUCGCGCCGCAACUCGGUGCGGGUGUUCCUCAUCAACUGUGCCGUGGCUGAUCUGGUCCUCCUGGCGUGCCUGCCAUUCAGGGUGUUUUAUCAUCUUAAGGGAGACCAGUGGGUACUGGGAUCAUUGGUCUGCAAGCUGGUGGGGAAUGCCUUUUACAUGAACAUGUACAUCAGCAUAACACUGCUGGGCCUCAUCAGCCUGGACAGAUACGUGAGGCUCAGAGGGAAUGGUAGGGCUCGGAGAAGCAUAUGGGGGAGGCUGCGUGGGCACAAACAGCUGUGGAGCUGGGUGGUGUGUGGGGCCCUGUGGAGCCUGUUUCUGAUGGGGACGAUUGUCAUGAUCACAACAAAGGAGGACAAGGAGAACAAGGACCAAUGCUUCCAGUACAAGCAGCGCCAGGCUGUUAGCUGGAAGGCCUACAUUAACGCAGCACUGGUGUUGCUGUUCUGGGUGGUCUUCGUUAUGCUGGUUGCCUCCUACGUCAAAAUCGCCUCUCAGUUGCUUCAACUAUCACAGAACAAGCCGGAUCUUCCCAAUGCACUGAAAUACAAAAAUACUGCCAAGAAAUCCUUCUUUGUCCUGUUUCUGUUCACCAUCUGCUUUGCACCGUACCAUGCCUUUCGCCCUGUAUACAUCCUAUCCCAACUCAGUUCCAAUAUGACCUGCAACCACAUCCAGAUGGUCGAUCGUACCAACGAGAUCAUGCUCCUACUGUCCACCUUUAACAGCUGUUUGGAUCCCAUCAUGUACUUUCUGUUGUCCGGCUCAGUGCGCGGAACCGUUCUCCAAGUUCUUGGGCACCGGUUCGGCCACCGCCUUCCCUUCUUUCAGGAUGGAACAUUAAACAGCUCCACCAUGGAGUACCGACGAGGGUCGACACCGAUAUUACCUGACCAACUCCUCAACAAACCUUCACUCACACCCAGAACCAGCUUCUGUGUCAAUAACUCCCCGUUCCGCCGCACAGGGGCCACUACACCUCCACUUACUGGGCACCGGUGAUCACAAAAAGACUGUGUAUCAUAUACUUCCUUGUUAUAUAGCUGGUAGAACAUCUGUGCUUGGUGUUAGAUGGUCGAACGCUAAUGUUGGAUACUUUUACCCAACAAUGUAUAAAGAGGUGUUUGAAAAUGGUUUCAGCUUUGAUGUUUCUUUGCAGUAUAAAGAUAAAAUUGUCUGCCACUUGUUUCUAAUGUUCCUAUUAAAAGAAAAAUGGAUGCAUGCCUACAAUUAGAAAA